GGAGGAGUGCCAUGUUGUGAUGUUGCGGUAUUUUUCACCUGUGUUUUUCGAUUUCAAAAGGUUUUUGCCGAACAAAUGAUCGGGUUUAAUUCUUUGGUGGAGUUGAGUAAUUAAUAUAAUUAUUUAAGAAAUUAGACGAGCUAUACUAGAACCAAAUCCUCGCUAUGCCAACUUUAAACAUCAACAAACAGCAGUUAUUCAAAGCUCUGGGUCACACUUACUCUGACGACGAAUUCCGUGAUCUAUGCUUCGAUUUUGGCUUAGAAUUGGACGAAAUUGUAUCGGAGAAAGUCCCUUCGAAAAAUCCAUCCUCAAAACAAGAAGUUGAAGAAAUUAUUUAUAAAAUUGAUAUCCCUGCCAACAGAUAUGAUUUACUGUGCAUAGAAGGUUUGAGUAAAGCCUUAUUAAUUUUUCAAAAAAAGUUGAUUGCUCCAGAAUAUAAACGUAUUUUGAAAGAAAAUGAUUGCAUUACGGUUCACAACAAUUCUAAAAAUACGCAGCAAAUCAGACCAUUCAUUGUAGCCGCUGUUUUAAGAAAUGUAACCCUAAACCAAGAAGGUUAUGACAGUUUCAUUGAUUUUCAAGACAAAUUGCAUCAUAAUAUCUGCCGUAAAAGAACGCUUGUGGCUAUUGGUACUCAUGACUUGGAUACCAUUAAACCUCCCAUUUAUUACGAUGCUAAACCUCCGAGUGAGAUUAAAUUUCGAGCUCUUAAUCAGAAAAAUGAACACUCAGCUGUUGAGCUUAUGGACAUCUACGCGAAUCACGCUCAAUUGAAACAAUAUGUGCCUAUUAUAAAAGAUAGUCCGGUGUAUCCUGUAGUGUUAGAUAGUGAAGGUGUCGUCCUAUCUUUACCACCUAUCAUCAAUGGAGAUCACUCUAAAAUUUCCGUCGAUACGAAAAAUAUAUUUAUUGAAUGUACAGCUACUGAUCUGACCAAAGCUAUCAUCGUAUUGGAUACGUUAGUCUGUGCAUUUAGCACAUAUUGCAAAGAACCGUUCACCGUAGAAGGCUGUAAAGUGACGUCGACCAGAGGAACAGAAUGGUUUCCUCAUUUAAAAUACCGUAAAGAAACGCUUAGCGUGAAGAAAAUCAAUGGUUAUCUCGGUGUCAAAAGUACAGAAUCUGAGAUUGUCGAAAUGUUGAAUAAAAUGUCUUUAAAUGCUCAAUCGGCCGAAGGUCAAAGUGUUGAAGUUAGAGUACCUCCUUCUAGACAUGAUAUUAUCCAUCCGUGUGAUAUUAUAGAGGACGUAGCUAUUAGCAUUGGAUACAAUAAUAUCCCUAAAGUUGUACCGUCUACCAGCACCGUUUCUAAUCAGUUUUCUUUGAAUAAACUCACUGAGCAGUUGAGAUAUCAUGUCGCCUUCAAUGGGUUUUCGGAAGCUUUGACAUUUUCUUUGUGUUCCAGAAACGAUAUCAGUUCCAAGCUAAGAAAAGAUCUCGAUCAAAUACCAGCGGUACACGUGAGUAAUCCUAAAACGCUGGAAUUCCAAGUUGCCAGAACAACGCUAAUACCUGGAUUAUUGAAAACCGUAUCAUCUAAUAAACAAUUACCCUUACCUAUCAGAGUAUUCGAAAUAUCAGACGUGGUAUUUAAAAUAAAAUCAGGUGUCGGAGCUCGUAAUGAAAGACAUCUCUGCGCAGUGUAUUACAGUAAAACCUCUGGAUUUGAAAUCAUUCACGGAUUACUAGAUAAAAUCAUGCAAUAUUUAGAAGUUCCUAGAGAUGCAGAAAAAGGCUACACUAUCAGAAGCGCCGAAGAUUCAACCUUUUUCCCAGAAAGGUGCGCCGAUAUUUUGUACAAGGGUGAGAAAAUCGGAGUGAUGGGUAUUUUACACCCAGAAGUCGUAACAGAAUUUGUUUUAGCGUUACCUUGUUCCUGUUUGGAAUUCAAUAUUGAACCUUUUGUUUAAAAUCGAAUAAAGUGUUCCGAGUGUU